GCCCCGCCCGGCCGCCGGGCUGUGCGCCUGCGCGCCGGGUCGCGCGUCAGCGUCGCGCGCCGUAGAGGCGCGCGGGGCUGAGGCGCGUGCGGGUGGCCGCCAUGACUUCCGCGCUGGAGAACUACAUCAACCGUACUGUUGCAGUAAUUACUUCUGAUGGAAGAAUGAUUGUGGGAACACUCAAAGGUUUUGAUCAGACCAUCAACUUGAUUUUGGAUGAAAGCCAUGAACGAGUGUUCAGUUCUUCACAAGGAGUUGAGCAAGUAGUGCUGGGAUUAUACAUUGUAAGAGGUGAUAAUGUUGCUGUCAUUGGAGAAAUUGAUGAAGAGACGGAUUCAGCUCUUGACUUGGGGAAUAUUCGAGCAGAACCCCUAAACUCAGUUGUGCACUGAAAAGAUGAAAAUGCACAGGGACUUUGUAAAUCUUUGGUUGUACAGACCUAUUUAACAACGUGGACAGUUUUUACAAAUUGUGUUUGUUUAGACACCAAUUUUUUAUUAUGAAUAUGUUGUAGUUUUGCAUGUAAAUUAAAGUUUCUACAUUUUACUAAA